AUGGCGACAGCAUUGAUGAACGGCAUGCAUACAGCAGGCAUCUACUCGGACAUGACGGUCGAUGGCCCCGAGAUUGGUACCUUGGUGGCCAUUGUCGAUCGCGCAAAGAAUCUACCCAAUGAGCUUCGAUUCACCGUUCACGAUUCGCCCGACUACCACAAUCUCAAAGUCUCCAUCUUCAACGAUGACAAGAAGACGGAUCUGAUCGGAGAGGCCUACAUCGGUCUGCAAGAUGUCUGUAUACCGGGAGGAGGCAAGCAUGACGGAUGGCACGCUCUCAACUUCAAAGGCAAAUACGCGGGUGAGAUCAAUUUGGAAUUGACCUACUACGAUACGCGACCACCGUCUGAGACCAAGAGGAGGGUGAGCGGCAUGAGUGCUGCCGACAACGGACCACGAAAGGCUGCCAUCAAACGUCGUCCACUGCCUGCCGAGUUGAACGGACCCCCAGCACCAGGCUCGGUUGUGCCAGACCACGCCAGAGGUCCACGACAACUACCCGGACGACCGACAGAAGAUUGGACCCCUCAUGGCCUAAGACCACGGCCCCUACAUCACGCCCAAUCUGCCCCUGCCGUUCCGGAAGCACACGACUAUGACCAUGGUGAACUUGAUCUAGACUACCAUCCUGGCUACCAUCAACCCGUCAUGCCCGAACUACCGCAGCUUCCCCCUGCUCGAAGACCUCGUGGCUCUGUGCCUGCUCAGCCUUCUGCGUCUCACGACUACCAGAACUACGAAAACUACGGCCAUAGCCGUUCUCAGAGCAUUCCAACUCUUCCUCAUUCUUUCUCGUCUCCCAGUGUUGUGAACUCCGAUCAAGGAUGGCAAGAGCCUUUGCCACGCUGCUUGCAACCUACGGUCGAGGACAUUGACGAGUAUGACUACGGAAGAGAAAUGCCUCCGGUGCCUCCUUCACACACCAGAAGCCCUUCUCACACCAGAAGCCCAUCACACACCAGAAACGCUCGUUCCACGUCACGAGGUCCACCACCAAGGAGCAUGUCCGUAGACGACUACGCACCUCCACCAGCCCCUGGCUCAUACUACGGCUCAUCACCCAACUUCAGGGCUUCGUACUCUGGAUUCCCACCUCCGGCUCCCUCUUCGGUGGCAGCAUCAUCGCAUUAUCGCAGUCACUCGCGUGUGGCUAGUCGCCAAAGCGUACCUGAUGCAUAUGCCAUGACUCCACCCCGAGCACAUCCUCUUGCCAACCAGAUUCGUCGAUCCAUGAGCCCUGCGCCUUCGGCAUACACAGAGGAUUACGGCCAGUACCGACGAUACAGCAACGAGCCGAGUCCCAUCAUGGCACGCCCUCCUUCUCGUAAUGUCUCUCCUCUUCCUCCACGCAAUGUCUCUCCGCUGCCACCACGUAACAACAUUGACGCCAUCCGCCAUCCUGUCCGUACUUUCGCCACCGGCAGCGCUUCUCCCUCACCUACUCGCAAAGAUGUUCCACGUCCUUCUACUUCUAAUGGCAACUUCUUCUCGCCCGAUGACUUCGAUUCUCUCAACCCCAAUGCUUCUUCGAACUCGCCCUUCGCGUCGGGAUCAAAUCCGCACUCACCUUACCACAUUCAAAACUCGCCCGGCGGCGACGAUGAAGAAGGUGCUCGUCCUCUACCAGACCCCAACGCCAAAAUCGUCGGCUUCGAUGGCAGGGUGAUCGACCCCAGCGAUCACUUGCCUGUACACAGCUGGGCACCCGAGCCCGAGAAGAAGACGCCGACCAAGAUUUAUGGUUCGAAUGGACAAAUCUAUGCAAGUGGUCUGGCAGGUCCCCGUGGGGCAGUCGCAAACAGAACACCUUCUCGUGUGAGUAUGGGCCGAGAUGUAGUUGUCAACGUGCGCACAAGAGGUUCACCACCCAAGCGGCCGAUGUCGUCCGCGUCACACCACAGCCAUAUGACGGGCUCACCUGGUCCACUCUCUGAGAUUGACGUGCCCAACCCUUAUGCUGGACACGCAGGUUACAGUUCGAAUUUCUCAGACGGACGACCUGGUAUUUACGAAGGACAUCACUCCGCAUACUCGACUCCUCCGCCCGCAAGCCAACCGCCUCAUUAUGGCGACAUGUUCGGCAAGUACACUGCACCAAGUGGUGGGGACCAACAUGGAUAUGAGAACCAGAUGGUCCAGCACCAAGGUCCGGUGUAUGAGCAACAUGGCUAUGGGGCUUCGGCGUUGAGCAAGGAAAUGGCAAAGAUUGAUAUUGGAGGCUCGAGGAGACCACUCAGCAGGGGCACUGUGAGAAGAGGUGCUUGGCCUUGA